AUGAUUCUUCGACCAUUUGCCUUGUCAACUCUUUUCAUUCUUUGCACUUUUGGUUUGGCUUUACGAGUAAAAGAUCAACCAAAUGAUCCAUGUCGAACAUGUCAAAUGAUUAUGAACAUCGCUAUUCAUCAUUUCCACUCAACACCCACCAAAUCGGAGCUCAAAUCGGCGCUGAUGGAUGAAUGCAAAGACAUCAGCCAUAAUGAAGGGCCUGUGGCCGGGAAAGAAUGCAUGGAUCUAGUCAAUGACAAUUUCGAUUUGAUUUAUGAGGAUCUCGAGGUGAAAAAGAAGAAUCCACAACAAACUUGUGAAGAUCUCGAUCAAUCUCAAUGGAAACCGGCUUAUAUGAAUUGUACGAUGGUACAACAAAAGCAAAACUGUCUCGAUUUCUCGAUGGACAUUCGCAAUGAUCCCGCCAUUUUCUAUAAAGGUUCAACAAAGGUCGAAACUGAGAUCUCUUUCUUUAUGAAUAUUAACGGGGAAUCGUGGCUGAAAGACAGCAUUAAAGUGCCACCAUGUGAGACCGGUGAGACGAAUUGUGUGAAAUUCUUUAUGCUUUCUCUCAAAAAGGACAUCAAAGAGCAAAUGCUAAAAGCGGAGACGAAAAAACUUCGAUUGAGCAUUAAUUUCAAGGACACUACAGCCAAUGUCCUCUAUGUGAGAACAAGACUUUGUGGGGAAUUUAUCUGGGGAGCUUCUCUCGGCUUGUGGGAGGCACUUGAUCGAGCCUAUAUCAAUUCAUCGGUCAAAAUGUGGAAUGGAGACGCCGAAGAUGAAGUGAAAAAGCUCUCCGAUGAACUGAAGAGAAAGUAUUUCCAUUCACUAGCUCAUCUCGAGAAUUCAACAUCAACUGUUACCAGUUCGAAGAGUCGUUCUCGUCGUUCACACCAUCCGCGUCGUCUCUUCGACUCUAAUGAACUGGAGAGCGGUUAU